GACCUUGCGAAGAUGGCAAGGAAGACUUUGAGCGACCACAAGCCCAAGAAAAGAGAAGAUGAGCGCAUGUCCGUUACCAAGUUCACCGAGACAGUGGGCGAGGGCCGCUUGGCGCUUGCGACCGCAAGGCGGCGUUUCAUGAUUUGCCGCAAGGAUUGCGACAAGUUCCCGAGGGAGACCAACAAUGAGAAGAUGCUCAGGGAGUGUCUCAUGGCAGGCCGCUGCAUCCACCAGUGCCCAGGCGACAAGCGGCUGCGCCCCUUCGGGCCCGGAGCCCACAACAGGUUGAAAAUGCCGGUGCGCAUUUGCACGCGGAAGGUCUUGGACGGUGACUUUUCCAUGACGUUCAUUGGGGCUGGCGAUGAUGAUAUAUAUCCGGAUGACCGCCACCCUCCCGCCGAGGUGCUGGACAUGGUCAAAGUCGCGCGCCUGGCCGACCUGUCGCUGAACCCGUUCGCGCCCGCGUGCCAGGCCGCGACUGCCGCGGCGUUGCCAGCGCAGCUCGGCGACCCUAAGGAGCGGCGGCACGCGAUGCCCAUCUCGAUCCAGGCUUUAGGAGUUGAGGAGAAGAAGAAG